AUGGAUGAGGACGUUACUGUAGGCAUGUUGCAUGGAUAUAGAAAGAAAUGGAGGAAACUGCAUGAUGCGUCAGAGCACUUAGCUAUGGAUUCAGGACAACAUGACAGCUUUGAUGACGAUGUCCUUACUAUUGACCAUGUGGACUCUUGUGUGUUGAAUUCCGAUCCUGCAAGCACACUGGAGCCUGCAGUGACGCAACUUGACAGUCUUUUCGGCCCGGGCCUUGGUGUUGACCCUCAGCUGAGCGGCAAUGAACAAAAUUCUGAUUAUGAACCAUCAGUUGCGCAGUCUUCAUUUGGAGUGCUGCCUGGUAUUGAUCAGGGAGGUCUGAGUUCUAAACAGGAUGACAAUGCUGCAAUCACCGACACCUUCAUCCGUGGUGCCAAGUUCUCAGCUAUUACAAUGCCUUGGGAAACUCCUCUUAUGAGUCAGAUUUUUGGUGAUUUGCAUCCCACCAUGAGACUGUCGAUGCCGUUAGACUGGGGCAAUAGGGGCCUGCCUGUGUUGGAGUCAGCAACUGCGGGGCCCUCACAACCAGCGGUGCCCUCAGACUCAAGGGUGAAAGGACAAGCACAGAUCCAAGUGUCUUUGAGGGAGCCGAUGAAACAGGCACGACCUCUCACAGUGGAGGAGGUCAAAGCUCUGCACAGGAUUGCAGACAGUGCCUCCUACUCCAAGGUGGACAGGAAGGCUUGUGACCUGCCAACGUCAGGGCUGAUCUCAGGCGCUCUGAUGCCGGCGCCAAUGGUCGGGGACUAUGUCUCUUGGAUGAGGAGACCACUCUCUGCUGGCGAGGUGACAGGCAUUCUGAAGGGAUUUUUACAGACAGAUGACCAGCUCCUGAGCAGCCACAGCUUGAAAGCGACGGCUCUGAGCUGGGCCGCAAAAGCUGAGGUCCCUCGGGAGCAAAGGAGGAUAUUGGGGAGGCACUCGUCUUCCGUCCAAGGGUCAGACUCCUACUACAGUCGCGACUUGAGCGUAGGUCCUGUCAAUUCCCUGCAGAAGGUCAUAUGUAUGAUCCGUGAUGGGUCUUUUCAACCAGAUGCUACCAGGGCCAAUUACUUCCCACAUGUUGGACCUAGAUCAGCGGGGACACCGGCUCACAUUGUGAUGCAGCCAUUCACCCCGGCCUACCUUGAGAGGGCACAGCCGGGGACGCCCGGCCUUGAACAAGCGACGCCUGCAGUUGCUGUGCAGGCUGCAGAUGAGCGUAAGCAUGGCGCUGAAGCAACCGCAGUGGAAGUGAAGUCCGAAGCUAGCUGGAGUGCUAUGAGCCCUGGCAACACUGGUUGCGGCGUCAUCGAACUGACCUCAAGCUCAGAAGGUGAGAGUUCAGAGAGCAACACAUGCAGCUCGACGUCAGGUGAAGAUGAACCAAUUGACCUAGAUCCUCCAGCUGGGGACGAUGCCUCACGUGAACCCGUUGCAGUUGGCGAUGUGGACGGAAUCAUGAUCAAGAACAACAAAACAAAGAUUGUGCACGAAGUCAUUGUUGAACAUGGCUUCAGGGAGAUGUUUCAAAGCGACCCCUUGGCCUUCCUGAAGGGGAAGUUGACAAAAUGUGGACAUGUGUUCACUGCUAACUACCAUGCUUUGACAGGGCCCAUUGAUUGGACGGCGAAGUGCAGGGUCUGCUACAAAGGCAGAAGGGCACCAUCAUAG